GGAUUAGACCCUGUAUAUAACAAGUGUAAUCCCUGUUACUCUGCGCCGUGUCUAAAUAGUGGGUUUUGUAUAACUGAUGAGAAGGGUGAUUACUCACCAUCAAGCACAGAUUUCAGAUGUGAGUGCACCCCAUCCUUCCAUGGUGAUCGUUGUCAGUAUAAGAUGGAUGCUUGCUAUGGAGCCCCCUGCCGUCAUGGGGGAAAUUGUACCGUACUGGACAAAGGCAGAUUCAAAUGCAACUGUACUAGUGGAUAUGAAGGAAGGGUUUGUGAGAAAAGUAUUGAUGAAUGUAAAAACAACAAAUAUAUUUAGAUGCAACUGUACUAGUGGAUAUGAAGGAAGGGUUUGUGAGAAAAGUAUUGAUGAAUGUAAAAACAACAAAUGCCAAAACAAUGCUUCAUGCUUAGACAGGGUCGGAGACUAUACCUGUAUUUGUCCAGAAGGAUUUGAGGGGAAAUAUUGUGAAAAUAGGGAUAACAGAAUUCAAACUUCUAGCCGCCAUUCCUGUUCGGAGCACAUGUGUCAAAAUGGCGGGAAGUGUGUUAACGAAAUAUUUCCGGGACAGUACACUUGCAAAUGUCCCCCUUCCUACUCGGGAAGAUAUUGCCAGAUAGAGCCAAGAAUAUCUGUGAUGUACCAACGAAGCUCACCUUGUGCUCAACAUGAUUGUAAACAUGGGCUCUGCCAGGAGGAUCUGUUAGAGCCAACUUAUACCUGUGUCUGUCAUCCCGGGUAUUCAGGGAAACUAUGUGAGUACCUUACGACAGUACAGUACAGGGAUCAGGAUUCUUACAUAGAACUAGAUCCACUAUACACUGCCAGGCCCGUAAACAUUACCCUAGUAAUCCAAACAGAACAAGAUAAUGGUGUACUGCUGUAUCACGGAGACAGGGAGCAUUUAGCAGUUGAACUCUUUCAUGGUAGAAUUCGUGUCAGUCUAGACGUGGGGAAUUUCCCGGUUUCAACAAUGUUCAGUUAUGCAACCUUAAAUGAUGACCUUGAGCACAGUGUUCGAAUAUAUUUGUCUGGUAAAUCCUUGGCUUUAACAGUAGAUGGAAACCAACCAAGAACGGUUGUGAACGAAGGAGUUAAAACUGAAUUAUCUGUUCUUGCUCCAACAUUUAUAGGUGGUGUUCCGGAACCUAUUGGAGAAUCUGCACUUAGCUUCUGGCAUUUAAGGAACUCGACUAGCUUUAAAGGCUGCAUUAAAGAAUUCUACAUUGAUGAUAAACUGAUUGAUUUCCUGCAGGCUGCCAGGAAACGGCAUGCCGUGGCUGCAGGAUGCUUCACUCGUCAGCUCGGCAUGCCAACCAGUGCUUACAGUGUAAGCCAGGACAAAGAAAUUAGAAUGAAAAAAGCUUGUUUGGACAACAAGUGUACGGUGAAGGGGACUAAGAAAUGUUCAGCAAAGCGAAAACAAGAUUAUGUGUGUAAGUGUAAGAAAGGGUAUGCCGGGAGAUACUGUGAAAAAGCUCCCACGUGCCGGAAGAGAAAGCAGAGAAGAGUACUGGAGGAGAACAAUUGUAAAUCUAGAAAACCGGUUUCUUUAAAGAGGUGUAAAGGAGACUGCCAUGACGGAACGUGUUGUAAGGCCAAAAAUAGCAAGACAAGAAAAAUUGGCAUGAUCUGUAAUGAUGGAACUAGGUAUGUGAAAGUGAUAACUACAGCUACGAAAUGCUCCUGUGGCGAAAGAAAAAACUGUUAUGCCUCAGAUGAUAAAUAAAUUAGAAUCUAUA